UCAUCCUCAAUUCAUCAUGUGGCUUGAAACUCGAAACGAACCCAAUUUUGCAAAUUUUGCAAUUUUCAAUUCUCAAUUUGGCUUUUAAAUAAUCGAAGAAGGCGUCUGUUCAAGCUUCAACAUCACUCAUUGAUUGCCAUUGCCAACUCUGUUUCUCCCCAAUAAUUCUCAUUCAUUCUCGUCCAUCUCUCUCUCAAUCGCCAUUUUUCUUGUUCGAGAAAUCGACCAGAUCCUCCCCUUCCGCUGAAUUUUCACCCUGUUCGUUGUGUUCUUGUGAUUGUUCCGUGGUGUGGGUCGAGCCGAGAGAGCGAUCUUUCAUGGGCAUUAACUCUGCACCUUCCUCUUCCCUCGUUAUUCAUUGUCAAUGGCGGAUUCUCUUUUCCCUGCGUUUCUGAGCCUCCGCCGAUUGCCUAUUACUUGUUUUGAUCUCUUGCUUAUCUUCCUCCAUUCUCUUUUAUAGCUUUCGCCCCCUUUCUCCGGGUUUUCCGGCCUCUUUCUCUCUCUCCAGUAGUCUGCCGUUCGGUUCCCGAGAAAAUUGAGAGCGAGCGAACAGAACCUCGGUACUUUUCCUUUCAAGAGUUAUCAUGGCAUCGGUGUUUCUUUACCAUGUGGUUGGGGAUCUGACGGUGGGAAAGCCGGAGAUGGUGGAGUUUUACGAGACGGAGACGAUUGAAACGGCGAUAAGGGUGAUUGGAGAGUCGACAGAGUGUGGAAUUCCGAUUUGGAAGAAGAAAACUCAUGUGGGAAUGAUUGAGAAUGGUGAAAUGAAACAGCAGAGAUUUGUGGGGAUUCUCUCUUCCUUGGAUAUUGUGGCCUUCUUGGCUAGAACUGAGCAUUUAGAGGAUCAGGAUAGGGCAAUGAAGACCCCAGUUUCAGAGGUCAUCGUUCCCAACCAGUCAUUGUUGAGGCAGGUCGAUCCUGCAACAAGAUUGAUAGACGCAUUGGAAAUGAUGAAGCAAGGCGUGAGGCGUCUCCUAAUUCGAAAGAGUGUGGUGUGGAAAGGGAUGAGCAAACGGUUUUCCAUUCUCUAUAACGGCAAGUGGCUCAAGACUAUUGAUACCCCUUGUGGUAGCAGCAAUAAUCUCAACAUAAAUGCUAAUCGCCCAUCGUCGUCUUCCACCUCUGGCCAUGAGAAGUUCUGUUGUCUGUCGAGAGAAGAUGUCAUCCGUUUCCUUAUUGGUUGCCUGGGUGCCCUUGCACCACUCCCUCUAUCCUCCAUCUCUACUCUAGGAGUCAUCAACCCAAACUACUGCUCGAUUGAUGCCUCGACUCCUGCAAUCGAUGUUACUCGUAAGCUUCCUGACGAUCCUAUUGCAGUUGCUGUUGUGGAAAACAUGCAUGAUGAUCAAUAUAAGAUCAUUGGAGAGAUCUCAGCCUCCAAACUUUGGAAAUGCAACUACUUGGCUGCUGCAUGGGCUUUAGCCAAUCUUUCUGCUGGGCAGUUUGUUAUGGGGGUAGAAGACAACAUGACCUCACGAAUGGUCCCCGAUCUUUCGGCUAACGCUAGCAUUGGCGAAAACGACUCUGCCAAUGCCGGUGGAGCAACACGGGCGAAGAAAUUCAGCAGUAGAAGUAUUGGAUUCAACCCAUCGAGUCCGACAUUUGGGAUCAGUCGGAGCAUGUACCGGGGCAGAAGCGCUCCCUUGACAUGUAAAGUUACGAGUUCAUUGGCUGCUGUUAUGGCUCAGAUGCUUUCUCACAGGGCAAGCCAUGUCUGGGUAACUGAGGAUGAAAAUGAUGAUAUUUUGGUUGGAGUUAUGGGUUACAAUGAUAUUUUAGCUGCAGUUACCAAGCAACCUGCGUCGUUUACACCGGCAAGCGCCUCAGCGAAUCGCUCCUACGAGGCGCUCGGAAAUUCGAUUCAAAUCUAAAAUUGUUGUUUCUUCAUCAAUUCUACUGCUCCACAGUGCUCCCCUGUGUAGUUUAAUUUUUAAUUAUAUAAAUGUGUAUACGCGAGAGAGAUUUGAGCUUCAUGUGAACUUGUUGCUUCCAUAAAUUUUUGACAAUGGAACUGUCGUAUUAGUUAUUUGUACUGAAGAUUUGAUUUGAGAGUGGUUUUAGUAAAAAUUGUUAAAAUUAUCAAAA